CCACAGUCCUCGUCACACCAUUCAUUCGACCAGGUCCUGAAGCCUAGUGUCUGACAUCUGUGAAUCUGUCCCAAAUUUUUCAUUUUUUUCACCAUGACUGAUCCUGAAUGCGCACCCGUACCAAAAAAUGUUGGACCAGAUCCAUAUGGCAUGCGAUCGACUUUUAAGCACCAUGCCACCAACGUAACUGAACAGACCCAUCAUGUAUCUCGUGCAAAGAGAGGUCAAGUUUUAGGCCAGCGUGGAGGAUUUAGAGGUUGUACCAUAUGGUUUACAGGUUUGUCUGGUGCUGGCAAAACCACUGUUAGCUUUGCGUUGGAGGAUUAUCUCUGUUCUAAGGGAAUACCAACAUACGCCUUGGACGGUGACAAUUUGCGUCAUGGUCUUAAUAAGAAUCUGGGUUUCUCGCCUGACGACCGUGAAGAAAACAUUCGCCGUGUAGGUGAAGUUGCCAAACUGUUUGCCGAUGGAGGUAUUGUGUGUCUCACUGCCUUCAUCAGUCCCUUCAGAAAGGAUCGUCAGAGUGCUCGCAAAAUCCACCAAGAAUCGGGGCUCCCCUUCUUUGAGAUUUUCGUGGAUACGCCUCUGGAAGUGUGUGAACAGAGAGAUGUGAAAGGACUGUACAAGAAAGCCAGAGCUGGCAUGAUUAAAGGUUUCACUGGUAUUGACCAGGCUUAUGAAGAACCCGCAAAUGCUGACUUGACCAUUAAGGGCGGCGAAUGUACUAUUGAUGAAGCAGUCAAUCAAGUUUUGCAAUUACUACAAGAAAGAAAUAUUCUUCCACUCUCUGCCAUGGACUCUGUCAAAGAACUCUUUGUGCCGCCUACUGGAAUUGAAUUGGCUCAGAAAGAAAUUGCAUCUUUACCAGCAUUGGAAAUAACCAAGCUUGAUCUGCAAUGGACUCAAGUUCUAGCUGAAGGCUGGGCAUCACCGUUGACUGGAUUCAUGAGAGAAAGAGAAUAUCUUCAAAGUUUACACUUUAAUACUCUCUUAGAUGGUGGUGUGAUCAAUCAGUCGUUGCCGAUUGUGCUUCCAUUGACAACAGAAAACAAAGAAAGAUUAGAAAAUCAACCGGCCAUUGCAUUGAUGUACGAAGGCAAACGAUAUGCUAUUUUGAGGUCACCUGAAUUCUAUGCACACAAUAAGGAAGAGAGGUGUUCCAGGACAUGGGGUACAGCAAAUAAGGGACAUCCAUACAUCAAGAUGGUCAUGGACAGUGGUGAUUGGUUAGUUGGAGGAGAUUUGGAAACAUUGGAGAGAAUCAAGUGGAAUGACGGCCUUGACGAGUACCGCAAAACACCCAAUGAACUUCGUGCUAAGUUCCGUGAAAUGGAGGCCGAUGCAGUGUUUGCAUUCCAGCUGAGAAAUCCCGUACACAAUGGACAUGCUUUGUUGAUGCAAGAUACAAAACGCAGACUGUUAGAAAGAGGUUACAAGAAACCUGUUCUCUUGCUUCAUCCACUUGGUGGCUGGACAAAGGAUGAUGAUGUGCCUUUAGAUACCCGUAUGAAGCAACAUCAUGCAGUCAUGGAAGAUGGUGUAUUAGAUCCAGAAUCUACAGUUUUAGCUAUUUUCCCAUCCCCCAUGCAUUACGCUGGCCCCACAGAGGUACAAUGGCACUGUAAAGCUCGAAUGGCUGCCGGUACAAACUUCUACAUUGUGGGACGUGACCCAGCUGGUAUGCCACACCCAGACGGCGGCAAAGAUCUCUACGACCAUUCGCACGGACGAAGAGUUCUGACAAUGGCACCAGGUCUUACACAGCUAGAAAUCAUUCCAUUCCGUGUAGCUGCAUACAACAAAACCAAAGGAAAGAUGGACUUCUUCGAUCCUGAACGCAAAGAAGACUUCCUCUUCAUCUCUGGUACACGGAUGAGGAAAAUGGCCCGUGAAAGCAUCCAACCACCAGAUGGAUUUAUGGGUAAAAAGGCAUGGGAUGUCUUGGUGGAAUACUACCAGAGUAUUGCUCAGAAUUAAUAUCGUCGUUCAAUCAUUCAAAGUUGAAAGGGUGUUGUUAAGAAUGGAGUAAAAACCAGAUUUGCCAUGAUAGGAACUCAUCACCCUUGAAAAAGACAUUCGGUUUCUAGAUUUACACUGACAUUGUUGCCAUGGUUAUCUACUGUGCUUUCCUCACUGCAUAAUAACGCAUUACCAUCAAUAUUUUAUUUCAAUUUAAUUUUUAUCUUUUGUUAAUUAUUAAUUUCUUUCAUCGUAUAUAUUUUUCUCAUGCUUUACUUAAACAAAAUGUAAUCAUGUUGCCGCUUUCAUCAGUGGUAUACGGAUGUAAACGGGUGUAAAAAAGAGAGAAAAUCAGAGUUUUAAAACUUUUUUUUUGUUUCCUAACCAUUUGACUUUAGCGAAAGCGCAAUUUUUUUCAAACUUGUAAUGCAGGCUGUGCCUCAAAACAUGACAAUUCAGGCUUCAGGAGCUGGUGGAAAAAAAUGUUCUUUGAUCCUUGCAACAGUAGCAAUUAAUUCGAUUUACUCAAACAUACCCAAACACUUGCUGAUUAUUAUUAUGAAAAGUUCCCAUUUUUACCCCCACUAUAUUGGAAUCAAUAAUUGUAUUCGCAUCCCAGUAACAAUUUCUGUACAAGUAAGACCCACCAGUGUGUAGUGGAAUUCUUGAUCGAAUAUCAACCAUUUAAAACUAGAUAUUUUAUAUACUGGGCUAUUUGUGAAUAAUAGUAACUCGCAAUCCUUUCGCUUGGUACAUGGGUUGUGCUAGAUUUCAACUGUUCACUUUUAAUCAUGUGUAAAAAGCUAGUUUUGAAAAUUUUAAUGCAUACUCAAUUUUUUGGUAAGCAUAUUUGGUGUUUUGGGGGAUACUGAACACUUAAUAAUAUUGACAUAAUUGUACAAGAAUGCUGGAUUUAACAAGAACCAGUUGUUGUGUUAAUAUCGUGCCAGGAUCAAAUAGGAAAAUAAAAUCGUCAAUGCAAAAAA